AGCCUCCGCAAACGGAGACCGCAUCCAGGCGAAACUGUGUUCAGUGUGUCGUGGGCGGGAUCGUUAUUUACACGAAGAGAAACUUUUCUUCGCUGUUGUUGAGUUUUUUUUCGUGCGUGGAACCCGUCGACGUCGCACCGAAUAUGGCCUCACUGGGUGAGCCGAUCCGGCUGGAGAGAGAUAUCUCCCGGGCCAUUGAGCUGCUGGACAAGCUGCAGAAGACUGGGGAGGUCCCCCCGCAGAAGCUACAAGCACUACAGAGGGUGCUGCAGAGUGAGUUCUGCAAUGCUGUGCGAGAGGUGUACGAACACGUGUAUGAGACGGUGGACAUUAACAGCAGCGCGGAAGUCAGAGCAAACGCUACCGCUAAGGCCACAGUGGCAGCGUUUGCAGCCAGUGAAGGGCAUUCGCAUCCGCGUGUGGUGGAGCUGCCCAAGACAGAGGAGGGCCUGGGCUUCAAUAUCAUGGGGGGCAAGGAGCAGAACUCGCCUAUCUACAUCUCUCGCAUUAUCCCCGGGGGCAUCGCCGACCGCCACGGGGUGUUAAAGAGGGGGGACCAGAUGCUGUCUGUCAAUGGCACGAGCGUGGAGGGGGAACAUCACGAGAGGGCUGUGGAGCUCCUGAAGGCUGCGCAGGGCACAGUCAAGCUGGUGGUGCGCUAUACCCCCAAGGUCCUCGAGGAGAUGGAGUCGCGCUUUGAGAAGAUGAGGUCUGCCAAACGUCGCCAGCAGAACAACUACCCCCAGUAACUUUGGGUUUAUCAAACAGGGUCCUUCUUAUCUUUCCUCUUCUCCUGUGGACUUGCGUAUUUCAUCACUGUACACCACCCCAAAUUUCCAUCUCUUAUGAUGGCUUCCACCCAUUGAGUAUCUUUCACUCUUCAUCUACAAUCUAAGAUCAUGAAAUUAUCCUUUUUUGUUCUCCUCAUAUGUGCAUGUAAAUGUUUGGAGAGUCAUCAUUCAGUUCUGGGUUUCAUCACUAUGGUGAUAAUCCUUAUCUGAAGCUGUGCUGGUAGCAUCCUGAAUUCAUCUACAAGAACAAGCAAUCGGCAGAGAUGAGCACUUCUGCAUAUGGAAAAUAUGUAAAUAGUUCAUUGUAAAUUCUACACGAAUGAACACAGGUUGUCUUUACAAGUUCGUUAAUUUAAGUCGUCUAGUUUUUAUACUUCAGUCAGAUUUUUAAUGUAUGCGUUGAUUUUCAGUAUUUGUGGGAUUGGUGAUCUAGGUCUGUGUAGGUGUGAUAGAAGUGUAUGGGGUAGUCCUUUAUGAGUUUAUUUUUAGGUGAUUGCCAUUGGGGUGUGAGUGUGUGAGAGAGAUUAAACGUACAUGGACCUCUAAGUUGAAAUUAAUUGAAGGGGAAAGUGACACUUUAUUAACUAAUUCAAUUUAAUAUAAUGACCAAUAGGCAUGUUGUUCUUUUAAUUUUCUUUAGACAUUUGACAGAGGUGAUGCUGUUAAACUGUGUGCAUCCUUUUAUCAGUUUUAUCAGUAAUUACAUGCAUUUUUUUCUUUUAAUAUUUAAAUUGGGCAGGCUCAUAAAUAUAUCCACAGGAGAACUAUACCUCAAACUUCAAAAUAAAGAACAUGCAAUAAACCCAUUUGAAGCAGAAACCGAUGUAGCAGAAAUUGUCUGAGAUACACAGGGUAGACGCACGGUCUGCCUCCGACCUCACACCUUCUCUCCCUUAACUGUGGUGGUUGCUAAGUAACUGACUAUCACCUGAUACCGUUGGUUUCCUUUCACUGGGCUAUGCUGUGUGUUGAAUUGGACUUUUUGCUUCUUGCCAGCUUAGAGACAGGAUGAUACCUUAAAAAAAGUACCACCAGCCACCCCUGGUUAUUGUGGGCAACAGCCUUUAAAUGAGCAGACUCAGUCUCUACUUGAGUCUGUACUCUUCUGCAGCCCACAGGUAAAGGAGAAUAACAGCUGUAUUCCUGAAAUUAUCCAGUGCAUUGCAUAUAGGGUAAGGAUGCCUUGUAAGCUAUUCAGCUUGCAUGACUGUGAUAGUCCUUUCCACUAGCAUUUCAAAUAUUACUUCUUAUAAGACAUGAACGUAUUCGUAAGUUAGUGUAAUAAAUUAUAGGGAUAGCAUUCCUGGGGCUGAAAUCGGUAAUUGACAAGCUUGGUGCAAACUGCCACUCACCUCAGGGACACAACGGAUGAUGUUUUAACCAGCUGAAAGCUGGUGAUUAAUUAUCACGUGACAUUGUGGGUAUCAGUCCUGCAGCGUUUUCCCAGUUAAUGUUAGAAGUUUUGCCCUCCUAGUGUCACCCCAUGUUAUUUUAUACUGAUUUUACAGUACAUUUUCUAUUAAACAUAUCUCUUUUAUUUAGGAUUAGGAGUAGGGUGUCCAGAUAAUCUGUGGCUGUGGAAUUUUUACAUUUAAUUUUUAAAAAUCCAAUGUGUGAAAUGCCUGUCAGGUCCUUCCGUGUCUCAUGUUUGUAGUAACUGUACAUACUGCCUUUGGAAAUUUAUUUUCUUAUUUAUACUUAAAUUGUAUGUGCUUUUCAGACAGGAUAAUCCAUAACUACUUUUCUCCUCAAACAGUCCACUCAAACUAUGCAAACAUGAGUGCAAGACCUUUAAUGUUCCCCUCUAAUUAUUUCUCUAGAUUCUAGAAGAAUUAGGCAUAAUUAUUUAACUGUUACAUGUUAACAACCCCACCCAUCCAAAAACGCAUACGUAAGCGAAGCAGCACAUUUAUGACUGUUGACCUUAUGAUGAGCCUACUCUGAAACACCAUAGUAUCUGAUGUGAAUGAUAUCCUUCCUGUCUCAGGACUGACCCUGCAAAAAGAAUUAGCUUUUCAGAGUACUGUCCCUCUACCAGGUCACAAUAUUUGUCUUUUAAUUUUGUUUCCCCAAAGAAGAAAUUGCUGUUCUAUUUUCUUUAAUGAAGACCUUUGUUUUGAUAUUGCUCUCUUUUUGAUAAUGGACGUUCAUUAAAAUGCUAAUAAAAUAUCACUACUAUUUAUUUUUUUAUUUACUACAUUCCCUGUAUCCUGAGUAACAAUACCAAGGAUUACUAAUGGUAAAUGUGUUCCAUUUGAUUUUUUAUUUAAGAUUUUUAUUUACCUUUCCCACUUGUUUUGUGUAAUAUAAAGAUGAUUGUAUACAAUAUUGCUGGAAAAUAAAGGUAUUUGCUUGGAUGGUA